GGAUUUGUCAAGGAUCAUGUGACUCUGAAGACUGGAGUAAUGACGCUGAAUAUUCAGCUUUGCCAUCACAGGAAUUAAUUACAUUUUAAAAUAUAUUAAAAUAGAAAAUUAUUUUAAAUUGUAAUAAUAUUUCACAAGAUCGCAUUUUUACCAUAUUUUAGAACAAAUAAAAAAGCAGCCUUUGUGAGCAUAUAAGAGACUUAUGCUCAAUUUAUUCCUAAAGUAUUCAUUUAAUCCAGUAAAUGCUUCUCACAAAGAGAUUAUUUUACCAUGACACUGAAAUUCUGCCAGCUAUCUUCAGAGGUUUUGACUAAACUUCCUGUUCUCAAAUAAACCCCGCCUGUCAUCAUAUGAAUCUGUAAGACUGUGAACAGGAAAAGAUAAAAAAAAAGAAAAAAAAGAAAAGAAGAAGCAACUCAAGGUUCGCCUGACCACUACAACAUUCACACAGGAAAAUCUUUCUAUUCAUAAACAAACAGGUUCUCGGAUCAGAUCUUGAAGUAUCCUGGAUAAGUAACACCCUUCCUGUCAAAAAGUGGAAGUCGAUCAGCAGUCAUGAAUCUCACUGAUUGUCAGUACCAUUUUAAAAUGAUCAUGAUAGGUGAUAAUUGUGUUGGCAAGUCAUGCAUGCUGAGGCGCUACACAGAGGGCCAGUAUUCAGAGAUCAUAAAUGUGACCAUUGGAAUGAGAUUCCGCGAUCACAUCCUAGAGGUGGAGCCUGGGGUGAGAGUGAAUCUACAGAUUUGGGAUACAGCCGGUCAUGAAGUGUUUUGGCGUGCUAUCUGCUUUUCCAUCCCUCAAUCAGCCGGGUGCCUGCUGGUGUUUGACCUGGGCGAUUACAAGUCUUUCACUUACAUUAAGCAUCGGCACAUGGAGGUGUGCAAUAUUGUGCAGCCGCACACUGUGCUCUUCAUGCUUGUGGGACACAAGUGUGACAGAAAAGAGCGGGAGGUGAAUCAAGAUGAAGUGGAAAAGUUUGCAAGUGAAUUGGGAGCACCGUACAUUGAGGCCUCGGCCAAAACAGGCCACAAUGUGGCAGAAGCUUUUGAACUGUUGACCCGGCGCAUUUAUCAGGGCUAUCUGAGUGGAGAAGUGCGCUUGCAUGAGAGCUGGGGAAAGAUCCAUAAAAACAAUAAAUGCUGUGCCUCAUAAAGUCAACAUGAAACUGCAUGUUUUCCAUAUUAUGACCAUUCAAACGUAACCAUGUAUUUUGACCAAAUAAAAAAUGCAGGAUAUAAACCACUAAAAAUUAGAAAUAUUUAAUUACAAGUGCCUGCGACUGAUUAUAACCAGUGUUUGCUGUAUUUUAACAUGUUUUUCAUCUUUUUUAAAUAAAUUUAAAACUUAAUUUAACAGGUUCAUUCCA